AUGACAGAAAUCCAACAACCCAUCAAAGACCCCGUCUCCCUCAUGCUCCGCCUUCACAACAUGGAGAUAGGAGAGGUCACAUCAGAUGGGGACUCUGAAACCGGGCAGUCAACAAGCUCAACAUCUUCAUUCCGUUCCAUCGAGGACCUUCCAGCCGAGCUCCGCGACGAAGUCUUCUCACACAUUCCCGACCUCCCCACACUGAUAGCGCUUAUAAAGGCCUCCCCAGUCAUGUACCACCACUACAGGCACAACCAGGGCAAAAUCAUCCGUGCUUGUAUGUGCCGUGAGCUGGAGGGGCUUUAUGUGGAUGCUUAUGCGUCUUUGAUGGUCAGACAGAUCCCCACCGGGGUUCAUGGGCGGGAUCAGCAUGCUGUUGAUUUUCUUGAUAAAUAUAGGAAGUGGCUUGGGUCGGGGGAGUCCUUCCAAGAUGCAUUGUUUGCUGAUUUGGGAGAACUAUAUCGGCUGGUUGAGUUUCAUGUUCAGGUUGUGCAUCCCCUCGCGAGGAUGUACACUGAGUGGGCGCUUGCGAAUCUUGGGCGUGAUAUCGGCGUUGGCUUGGAAGAAGAAGGUAAGGGGGAAAACAAAGCGAAGGGCCCUGGUGACGGCGAUAGAGGGAUGACACGUGUCUUGAGCCGAAGUGAAGAACGCCGCCUAUUCCAGGCCAUCUACCGUCACGAGAUCUUCUCUCGGGCAUUCGGCUUUCGAGAUCUGCGUGCUGGAACUUUGCGAGCUGAUCUUGUCAAUACCUUCUUUUUCGGUCUUUUUGAGCCAUGGGAGUGUGAGGCCAUUGGCUGCUUCAACAUGUUUCUCCGGGACAGAUAUCAGGCUGUGUUGGACCAGAUGGAUGAGGAUGUUAGGGAGAUUGAGCAGAAAUUGGAGCGUCGGGGGGUCAAUGAGACGACACAUUCGGCGGGCAGACUUAAGAGUUCGAUAUGUCACAUGAAAGAUGAUCUGAGUUUCCGUGAACACAUCGCCGACCGCCUAACCAACGUCUGGUCCCUGAAGGUAGCCGUCCAAGUCUUCACCGCCAACGACCCCGCGCACAUUCUCCGCCAGAUGAAAGUGAUAACCGGCAUGACCGAAGCCUCUCUCCUCAAAGUCGUCACCGACCGGAUUCUCAACAACUUCACAGACGCAACCGUCUACCACUGUCUUAAGAAGGAAACCCAAGCGAUGAGAAGACGUGAAAUGGCUGCCGCAGGACGCAUAUAUCCCAGGGAUGCGGCCGAAGGACGAGGGGAUGCGUUAACGUUCACAGGAGACGAGCCUGUGCCUGUCGGACCGCCCAUUGCGUGGGUGCUUUCAUGGAAAGGGAGGUACUUCAAUUUGUAUGGGGGUUAUGUGCCUGAGUCUUUGAGGAGGUGGGGACUUCAGGUCAUCACUGCUGCUCAACCCGUCUUUUGA